GUUUGGGCGCUGUGUCCGGCUGGUUAUUACAUGAACAGUCUCCGACUGGGCAAAGGACCUCCUCAGUUCCUGAGAGACAUUGAUGAAGCCAAAUGCUGCCACCCUGAAGGCCAUCCUGACGGCUAUGACAGUUGUUAUGAUGAAGAUGUGAGCCAUUCGUUCGACAAAAAGGGAUUGAGCUCCUGCAAGAGGGAGGGCUAUUACAUGGCUGGAUUCUACAAGAGCAGCUGCAACAACAUCUAUUGUAUUGAAAAAUUCCGAUGUUGCAAAAUGAGCAUGGAUAUACCUGCAGAGUGUAAAAAGGCCAACUGGUGGAGCAGCCUGGACAGGCAAGGCUGGUCUGUGUGCCCUCAAACCAACACCUUCCUCAAGGGAUUGUGGAGAAAUGACUUUAAAGCAGGAGAUGAAAGAGUUGGACGCAUUGAAGAGGGAACAUGCUGCACCUCAGACGAACCAUGUUAUGCCAACAAGCCUGCAAAUUGUAAAAAUGCCGACUGGACCAGACUGCUGGAUGGAUUUAACGUUUGGGCGCUGUGUCCGGCUGGUUAUUACAUGAACAGUCUCCGACUUGGCAAAGGACCUCCUCAGUUCCUGAGAGACAUUGAUGAAGCCAAAUGCUGCCACCCUGAAGGUCAUCCUGACGGCUAUGACAGUUGUUACGAUGAAGAUGUGAGCCAUUCGUUCGACAAAAAGGGAUUGAGCUCCUGCAAAAGGGAGGGCUAUUACAUGGCUGGGUUCUAUAAGAGCAGCUGCAACAACAUCUAUUGUAUUGAAAAAUUCCGAUGCUGCAAGAUGAAAAGAGCUUUGAAAUGAAAAGGAGACAAGUAAAACAAGUAACAGGAAAAACAGAUCUGCAAAUCGACCUGGGAAACAAUGGGAAUCACCUGAAAUUUUAACAGAGGGCUGCCAAGCUCCACGCAGGACUAAGGGAUUAGUAUAGCAAAGGUUAUAGGGGAACUAGGGGAAAUACUAGUCAAAAGAGGA